GCGGCGUUUGACGGCUAGGAAGCGACGAGAAGAAGAAGGAAGCGGUGGCAGUGGCUGCGGCGGUGGCUGCCCGGGAGGCUGCGGCGGGCGUCGAGGUGGGCACGGCGACGCGGGCCGGGGAGUGAGCGGCGGCGGCCGGGCGGGCAGGCUGGGCGGCGGGCCCGAUGUGGCUGCAGCAGCGCCUGAAGGGGCUACCGGGGCUGCUGUCGAGCAGCUGGGCCCGCCGCCUCCUCUGCCUCCUCGGCCUCCUGCUCCUCCUCCUGUGGUUCGCGAGCUCCGGGGCGCGGCGGGCGGCGGGCGGCCUGCACCUGCCGUCCUGGGCCCGCAGCGAACCGGGCGCCGCCGAGCCGUCCGCCUGCCUAGAGGCGGCCACCCGCGCGUGGCGCAGCCUGCGUGAUCGCGGCGAGGCAGUGCCGCUGGGCCCCGGGGUGCCAGCCCUAGUAGCCAACGGCUUUCUGGCUCUGGACGCCGCCCACAACAGGCUGUGGGUGACGCCCGGAGAGCGGGAGCCUGCCGUGACGCCGGACUUCGUGCCCUUCGUGCAGCUACGCCCGCUGAAUGUGCUGGCUGAGGCUGGUGAGGCGGUGCUGCUGCUGCGGGAGGGCCUGCUGCGCCGAGUGCGCUGCCUGCAGCUGGGGACCCCGGGCUCGGGCCCCGUCGCUGGUGUCCCUGGGCCCGCCUCGGCCUCCGGGCUCUCCGCGGGGUCGGGCCGUGACUGCGUGCUACUUCAAGAGGACUUCCUGGCGCACCGAGGCCGACCCCACGUCUAUCUGCAGCGCAUCCAGCUCAACAAUCCCACGGAGCGCGUGGCCGCGUUGCAGACUGUGGGACCCACCGCGGCCCCCGUCCCCAAGUCCUUCACCAGCACCCUGGAGAAGGUCGGAGACCAUCAGUUCCUUCUCUAUUCGGGCCGGUCCACACCCCUUCCGUCAGGGCUGGUGCAUCUGGUAGUGGUGGCCUCUAAGAAGUUAGUGAACAGACUCCAGGUGGCUCCCAAGACGCAGCUGGACGAGAUGGUGCUGUGGGUGGUGCAUGUCUCUGGUCCCAUGCACCCUCAGGUGCUCAAAAGCAAAGGAACCAAGGAGCUCAAGGCGCUGCAGGACAUGGCACGGAAGGAAAUGCUGGAGUUGUUGGAAAUGCCCGCCUCGGAGCUGCUUCAGGAUCACCAGCGCCUCUGGGCCCAGCUGUUCAGCCCGGGUGUGGAGAUGAAGAAGAUCACAGACGCCCACACGCCAUCUGGCCUGACCGUCAACCUGACACUGUACUACAUGCUGUCCUGCUCACCAGCCCCUCUGCUUAGCCCUUCCCUGAGCCACAGGGAACGAGACCAGAUGGAGGCAACACUCAACUAUGAAGACCACUGCUUCAGCGGCCAUGCCACCAUGCAUGCUGAGAACCUGUGGCCUGGCCAGCUCUCCUCAGUGCAGCAGAUCCUGCAGCUGGCUGACCUGUGGAAGCUGACCCUUCAAAAGCGCGGCUGCAAGGGGCUGGUGAAGGUCGGCGCGCCGGGCAUCCUGCAAGGCAUGGUGCUCAGCUUCGGUGGGCUACAGUUCACAGAAAACCAUCUGCAGUUCCAGGCCGACCCUGAGGUACUCCACAACAGCUAUGCGCUGCAUGGCAUCCGCUACAAGAACGACAACAUCAACCUGGCGGUGCUGGUGGAUGCCGAGGGCAAGCCCUACCUGCAUGUGUCUGUGGAGUCCCGAGGCCAGCCUGUCAAGAUCUACGCCUGUGAGGCAGGCUGCCUCCAUGACCCGGUGGAGCUGACCUCGGAGCCUGAGGGCCACACCUUCUCUGUCAUGGUGACACAGCCCAUUACACCUCUGCUGUACAUCUCCACCGACCUCACACACCUGCAGGACCUGCGGCACACACUGCACCUUAAGGCCAUCCUGGCCCACGAUGAGCACAUGGCCCAGCAGGAUCCCGGCUUGCCCUUCCUCUUCUGGUUCAGUGUGGCCUCCCUCAUCACCCUCUUCCACCUCUUCCUCUUUAAACUCAUCUAUAAUGAGUACUGUGGGCCUGGAGCCAAGCCCCUCUUCAGGAGCAAGGCCAGGCUUUCAGGGAAAGCAGUGCUUGGCCCUCAGGAGCAGGCAUCAAACGGAGGCAGGUCUGAGUCCCUCACGAUGGGGGAACCAGUGGAGACUUGGGUCGGAAAGCAAUGUGGAGAAGACCUUCCCGGUAGCCAGCCUUUGGCCAGCUAUGAUAGAAAAGGAAGAUCCCAGUGUUUGAGUGAACCUCGACUCCCACUCUCUGCCACCGUUUGCACAAGACACUCAGCAUUGAGCAUCCCGCUGCCGUGUGAACAGGGAGCCUUUGGAAGCACCAACCCUUUGUGCCUUGUGGGGGACAGUGACUCAGAAGCGCUUGUGGGUACAAGAGUUUGCACUGGAGGGGAAGGAGGGCCGAGGACUUGUGUAAGUUUUCCCGUCAAUAAAACAAACCCGUAGGGAGAAUACUUGAAGUUGAGCGCACUCCUUCCACUUCCCCCAUUUCUUCUAUCCAGGAAAUAGAGCUUCUUUAAAGACUUGUUUAGGAAAGAUUGUGUUCUUUUCCUAAUUUAAUGUGUUCUUUCUUGAAUGGAUUUCUAAUUUAUUUUUGUUGAAGAUUUGCUGGAUGGCUUUUCGUCCACCGUAGAUCAGGACUGUUGGUGACAACAAUCAAUCCCUGCCACCUCAUUGGCACCAGAGGCCCCACACAGUCUGGAGGCUGGGCCUGACUCCAGCUGACCACCCUGCCUGGGGAAGGUGUGGUUCCCCGCCCUCCCUCCGCUGGUUUGCACAUUGCCUCUUUCCUACUUUGAGCCAGCGGGGUCUGUGCUUUUGUACUUCGGGUCCCUGGGAGGUGUUUAACUUUCUAGUGAUGAUGGUUGUUGGGUUUUGAAAUACCAAAGCUUUUUUGUUCUUUUUUAAAUAAAUAUCUUUCAAAUUUC